GCACAAACAGUAAAGCACCGUCAGUCGUUGAUACUGAUACGCAGCUACGACGCCUCUUUCCUCCCCACUUUCAGACCCACACAGUCGACGGACCAGUGUCGCCGGAGACAUGGAAGACAUCGAGGAUUUGUUGGUAGGCGGUGGUGCUGCUCCACCCGGUUUCCGACUCCCCAUUACCGCCGCCGUCGGAAUAAAUCCAAUGAAAAAGAAGAAAAACAAUAAACUAGAGCCAUCAUCUUUGCUUCAAAACUCCUCGACUCAUCAAGUCCCUGGCACCCAGACGAUUUUUUUGAAGACAUUUGGAUGUUCACACAACCAGAGUGACAGUGAGUACAUGGCUGGCCAACUUUCCUCAUUUGGCUAUGCUAUCAGUGACAACGCAGAAGGAGCAGAUCUUUGGCUGAUAAAUACGUGUACAGUGAAGUCCCCAAGCCAGUCUGCGAUGGACACUUUGAUAUCAAAAUGUAAAAGUGCAAAAAAGCCACUUGUGGUGGCAGGAUGUGUGCCUCAAGGAAGUCGAGACCUGAAAGAGCUUGAAGGUGUUAGUAUAGUUGGAGUUCAGCAAAUUGAUCGGGUUGUAGAGGUUGUUGAGGAGACCCUUAAAGGCCAUGAAGUCAGACUUCUGAAUCGCAAAACUCUCCCAUCACUUGAUCUUCCUAAGGUAAGGAAGAACAAAUUUGUUGAAAUUCUUCCGAUAAAUGUUGGUUGUUUGGGGGCUUGCACAUAUUGCAAGACUAAGCAUGCUCGAGGUCAUCUAGGAAGCUAUACGGUUGACAGCCUUGUGGGGCGUGUGAAAAGUGUUGUAGAUGAUGGAGUGAAAGAGAUUUGGUUGAGCAGUGAAGACACUGGGGCAUAUGGUCGUGAUAUUGGAGUAAAUCUGCCAAUUUUGUUAAAUGCAAUAGUGGGGGCACUCCCAUCAAAUGGGAGCACAAUGCUCCGGAUUGGGAUGACUAACCCUCCUUAUAUUCUGGAGCACUUGAAGGAGAUUGCAGAAAUCCUGCGACACCCUUGUGUCUAUUCAUUUCUUCAUGUACCUGUUCAAUCCGGGAGUGAUGCUAUCUUAACUGCCAUGAAACGAGAAUAUACAGCAGGGGAGUUCCGGAAGGUAGUUGAUACAUUGACUCAACUUGUUCCAGGGAUGCAGAUUGCAACUGAUAUUAUUUGUGGAUUUCCUGGUGAAACAGAUGAAGAUUUUGCUCAAACAGUUGAUUUGAUCAAGGAGUACAAGUUUUCGCAAGUUCAUAUUUCUCAAUUCUACCCUCGACCAGGAACCCCAGCUGCAAGAAUGAAGAAGGUGGCAAGUAAUAUUGUAAAGAAAAGAAGCCGUGAAUUGACUUCAGUAUUUGAAUCAUUUACACCUUACAAUGGCAUGGAAGGAAACAUGGAGAGGAUAUGGAUUACUGAUAUUGCAACUGAUGAAAUUCACCUUGUGGGCCACACAAAGGGAUAUGUGCAGGUUCUGGUUGUUGGUCCUGAAAGUUUGCUCGGGUCUUCAGCAAUUGUAAAGAUAACUUCGGUUGGAAGGUGGUCUGUUUUUGGUGAUGUCAUCAAGAUUCUUGAUGAAAGUCAAGGGGUGGUCAAAAAGGAUACAAGCAACAAAGAAAACUGCUCACCCUCAACCUCACCCGGCUUUGAUCAAGAAGAUGCAUGUGCAUGUUCAGAGGCAAAGCCCGAAUCUUGUGCUUGUGGAUCCAACGGUUGUGAUAUUGCUGCCAUUGCAAAUGAUUCAUACCCAGAAGCCCAAAAGGCCCAAAAUAUCCCGAGUUUACUAUCGAGGAGAAAACUGUCAUUGACCACUGUGGAAACGGAAGACAAUGGCAAUCAGAAAGUUGCCAUGAGCAAAAUGCAGCAUCGUGAUUGGGGUGUUGUUGAUAAGCUUCUUGUAGGUGGGAUUUUUAUGAGCUUGUUGACGAUGGUAGCUCUAAUUUUGUAUGUGGGUUUUUGAAGAUGUCUUGUAGUUUAUAGAUUAUAAUUACACAUUGCUUUGAAGUUGGUAGCUUUUUGUUUUACAUGUUUGC